ACUCAAGCUCCGUACCAAGGCUAUGCGCAAGCUCCACCUUCUCACUACGGCUCUUAUCCCCCCACACGUCAGCAGUCUACGGCUAUGCCCACUCAGCACACAGGCACCCAUGUUUAUUCCUCCACCUAUAGCGGAGGUGCUGCUUCGUCAUCCCAGGAGACGUCUCCCCAUGCCUCCUCAUCCACGCCGCAUACGUGCCCAAACUGCCCGGGAGUCACGUUCGCCCGCCGCCACGACUUGCAGAGGCACAUACAGAGCCUGCAUUCCGACUUCCAGGUCAGGUGCCACUAUUGCGGCAAGACUUAUGCCCGCGAGGAUUCGCUGAAGAGGCACUCCAAGAGCUGUCCUCAGGCGCCCAGGGGUGGCUGAUAGGUGGAGUCAUGCAGACGGAGUGAGGACACAACCGAUCUAGAUGGGAUUGUCUUGCUUGCAGAAGAGUCGAAGGCUAUGUAGGAUUCCUCCAUGCAUUUCUUGAAUUUCUUGGGCUGUUCCUAUGUGUCGUGGCAGAUCCUCGCUCAAUAGUCGUGUACGAAUAUGUAGUGUUCUCGUUUGUAGUGUGAAUGCAAUAGUGGCCGUGAUCCGUC